AUGAAGGAAGAAGCUGAAAAGAAGAAGUGUGCAGCCUUAGCAAAAAAACAGAAGGAAGAAGAUGAAAAGAAAGCGUGUAAGGAGUUAGCAAAAAAGAAAAAGGAAGCAGACGAAAAGAAAAAGUGCGAAGAAGCUGCUAAUAAGGAGAAGAAAGCAGCUGAAAAGAAAAAGUGUGAAAAAGCUGCUAAAGAGAGGAAAGAAGCAGCUGAAAAGAAAAAGUGCGAAGAGGCUGCCAAAAAAGAGAAGGAAGCAGCUGAAAGGAAAAAGUCUGCUAAAAAGGAAAAGGAAGCAGCUGAAAGGAAAAAGUGUGAGAAAUUAGCUAAAAAGAUAAAGAAAGCAGCUGAAAAGAAAAAGUGCGAAGAGACUGCCAAAAAGGGGAAGGAAGUAGCUGAAAGGAAAAAGUGUGAGGAAUUAGCCAAAAAGAUAAAGAAAGCAGAGAUAAAGAAAAAGUGCAAAAAAUUAGCUAAAAAGGAGAAGGAAACAGCUGAGAAGAAAAAGUGUGAAAAAGCUGCUAAAAAGAGGAAAGAAGCAGCUGAAAAGAAAAAGUGUGAAAAAGCUGCUAAAAAGAGGAAAGAAGCAGCUGAAAAGAAAAAGUGUGAAAAAUCUGCUAAAAAGAGGAAAGAAGCAGCUGAAAAGAAAAAGUGUGAAAAAGCUGCUAAAGAGAGGAAAGAAGCAGCUGAAAAGAAAAAGUGUGAGGAAUUAGCCAAAAAGAUAAAGAAAGCAGCUGAAAAGAAAAAGUGCAAAGAAGCUGCUAAAAAGGAAAAGGAAGCAGCUGAAAGGAAAAAGUGUGAGAAAUUAGCUAAAAAGAUAAAGAAAGCAGCUGAAAAGAAAAAGUGCGAAGAGACUGCCAAAAAGGGGAAGGAAAAGGAAACAGCUGAGAAGAAAAAGUGUGAAAAAGCUGCUAAAAAGAGGAAAGAAGCAGCUGAAAAGAAAAAGUGUGAAAAAGCUGCUAAAAAGAGGAAAGAAGCAGCUGAAAAGAAAAAGUGUGAAAAAUCUGCUAAAAAGAGGAAAGAAGCAGCUGAAAAGAAAAAGUGCGAAGAGGCUGCCAAAAAAGAGAAGGAAGUAGCUGAAAGGAAAAAGUGUGAGGAAUUAGCCAAAAAGAUAAAGAAAGCAGCUGAAAAGAAAAAGUGCAAAGAAGCUGCUAAAAAGGAAAAGGAAGCAGCUGAAAGGGAAAAGUGUGGGGAAUUAGCCAAAAAGAUAAAGAAAGCAUCGGAAAAGAAAAAGUGCAAAAAAUUAGCUAAAAAGGAGAAGGAAACAGCUGAGAAGAAAAAGUGUGAAAAAGCUGCUAAAAAGAGGAAAGAAGCAGCUGAAAAGAAAAAGUGUGCAGAAGCUGCUAAAAAAGAAAAAGAAGCAGCUGAAAAGAAAAAGUGCGAAGAGGCUGCCAAAAAAGAGAAGGAAGCAGCUGAAAGGAAAAAGUGUGAGGAAUUAGCCAAAAAGAUAAAGAAAGCAGCGGAAAAGAAAAAGUGCAAAAAAUUAGCUAAGAAAAAGAAAGCGGGUGAAAAGAAUAAGUUAAAAAAGGGUAAAAAGUCAAAGAGAGCAGCUGAAAAGAAAAAGUGUGCAGAAGCCGCCAAAAAGGAGAAAGAAGCAGCUACAAAGAAAAAGUGUGAAGAGAGGGCUAAGAAACAAAAGGAAGCCGCUGAAAAGAAACAGUGUGAAGAGAGGGCUAAGAAAUUAAAGGAAGCCGCUGAACAGAAACAGUGUGAAGAGAGGGCUAAGAAAUUAAAGGAAGCCGCUGAAAAGAAACAGUGCGAAGAGAGGGCUAAGAAAUUAAAGGAAGCCGCUGAACAGAAACAGUGUGAAGAGAGGGCUAAGAAAUUAAAGGAAGCCGCUGAACAGAAACAGUGUGAAGAGAGGGCUAAGAAAUUAAAGGAAGCCGCUGAAAAGAAACAGUGCGAAGAGAGGGCUAAGAAAGAAAAGGAAGCCGCUGAAAAGAAACAGUGCGAAGAGAGGGCUAAGAAAGAAAAGGAAGCCGCUGAAAAGAAACGGUGUGAAGAAGCUGCCAAAAGGGAGAAGGAAGCUGCUGAGAAGAAAAAGUGUGCAGAAGCUGCUAAAAAAGAGAAAGAAGCAACUGAGAAGCAAAAAUGUGCAGAAGCCGCCAAAAAAGAGAAGGAAGCCGCUGAAAAGAAAAAAUGUGCAGAAGCUGCUAAAAGAGAAAAAGAAGCUGCUCAAAAGAAAAAGUGUGCUGAUCUAGCUAAAAAAGAGCAGGAACCAGCUGAAAUGAAAAAUGUUAGGGAGGCUAACCUAAUUUCCAUACCUUAA